UACACACAAACACAAACUCAAAAUUUCAUCUCUUCUACUCUCAGAAGUCUUAACUUGAAUUCCAAAGCUUUUCUUCAAUGGAGCUCCUUCACAAGGCAACUGCUUUCUCAUGGACUCAUACCAUCUCUACCAGUCUUGUUGUUCCUCAACCACUCUCUAGGUUUGAGGCUAAGAGACUCAGAGUUUGGUGUGCUUCUGAUCAAACCAAGGAUAAGAUGACUGUAUCCAUAACUGGAGCGACAGGUUUUAUUGGUAAAAGAUUGGUCCAAAGGCUUCAAGCAGAUAAUCAUAGCGUUCGUGUCCUGACACGAUCUAGAUCUAAAGCUGAGUUGAUUUUUCCUGUCAGGAACUUUCCGGGAAUUAAGAUUGCAGAAGAGCCAGAGUGGAAAGACUGCAUUCAAGGUUCAGAUGGUGUUGUAAAUUUGGCUGGACUGCCCAUAAGUACAAGAUGGUCUUCUGAGAUAAAGAAGGAGAUUAAGCAAAGCAGGGUUGGAGUCACGUCAAAAAUUGUAGAUUUGAUAAAUGGUUCACCAGAUGGAGUUCGACCAAAAGUUUUGGUUAGUGCAACCGCCAUUGGUUAUUAUGGCACUGGUGAGACACAAGUUUUCGAUGAACAAAGUCCAUCAGGAAAUGAUUACUUGGCUGAGGUUUGUAGAGAAUGGGAAGGAACUGCUCUCAAAGUAAAUAAGGAUGUUAGGUUAGCACUUAUUCGAAUCGGCGUCGUUCUCGGUAAAGAUGGUGGUGCUUUAGCUAAAAUGAUUCCUCUCUUCAUGAUGUUUGCUGGAGGACCUUUGGGCUCUGGAAACCAGUGGUUUUCAUGGAUUCAUCUGGAUGACAUAGUAAACCUAAUAUAUGAAGCUCUCUCCAAUCCAUCUUACAAAGGAGUGAUCAAUGGAACGGCACCGAACCCUGUUAGGUUGGCGGAAAUGUGUGAUCAUUUGGGGAGUGUGAUGGGAAGGCCUUCAUGGUUGCCUGUUCCAGACUUUGCAAUCAAAGCUGUUCUUGGAGAAGGUGCUGCUGUGGUUUUGGAAGGGCAAAGAGUGCUUCCAGCUAGAGCCAAGGAGUUGGGUUUUUCCUUCAAAUACCUGUACGUAAAAGAUGCACUAAAAGCCAUUCUUUCAUAGAAGAUUUUAUGAAAUCCUUGGAAAAUGUUUGACAAAGGCCACAUUCAUCAUCUUCUUCAUUCUUUUUUUGUCAGAGUUAUCUGAAUAACAUGUUAAAUUCAUAAUCUGAUUUUCAGUUAUCAGAUUAAAGUUGGAUAGACCAUCCCACUUCCUAUUUGUGGAAGAAUCACAUGCACAAAACGUGACUAUUUCCAACUUCCAAGGUUAAUAUUUUCAGUAGAAAAAGAUAAAUCCACCAUUGUCAUCCUCUUAAUUCACAACCAUAAUUCCAGCAAAAAGAGGAAAAGAAUCUCAAUCCAAAUUUUUGCACUUGGAAAGCUUCAAAGACCGAGAAAGGGACUUCCACGCCACCAUUUUUUUGUCAACAUGAAUUCCACCACCAAGAUCCCUCUAUGAUACAUUUCAAAACCAUCAAAGAGAGUAUUGUCUUGUAACGAUAA